AUGUAUGAAGUUGUACUUCUGUUAUAUGUGGAGACAUUUGAUGGAGAUAAUGUUAAUGGCCAAGUUGAUGGAGAUUCAAAUAAACACCACAACAAGCUAGAAGGUGUGCUACCCUCAAGUUUAAGCCAAUUGACUAAGCUCCGAGUCCUCGACUUGUCUAUAAACAAGAAUAUCACAGGAAGAAUUCCUGAAGAGCUUUGCAACUUGACAAAGCUAGAAGUGUUGAAGUUGGCAAGAAACUAUCAUUAUGGAUCACUUCCACCAGCUAUAGGUAACCUUUCCUCACUCACUAAUUUAAACUUGGGCACCAACACUCUUGGUGGUGCAAUACCUAGUGAAUUAGGCCACCUUCAAAAUUUGAAGGAACUUGAUCUUACUAUUAACAAUUUUUCUGGCACAAUUCCUCCAUCAAUAUACAACACUUCAUCUCUAGUUUCUUAG